GCACCUUGUUUUUCAUUCCAUCUCAACUUCUCAUUAAUAUUUCUUCAAUAAGACUAUCAUUUUCUUUUUAAGAGUUUCAGCUUCACUAAUCCAAUAUGGAGUUCCAUCUCUUUCACAUCAUUACUUCUCUCAUGCUUGUGCUAGUGGGAACUAAUGCUGCAAUAUUUCCACCUCAAUAUUACUGGAAGUCCAUGCUUCCCAACUCUUCAAUGCCAAAAGCCAUUACUGAUCUUCUAAACCCUGCUGGAUAUUGGAGUAAAGAGAAAGCAACAAUGGUGGAUGUAAGCAAGGGUGGUGUAGAUGUUGGAGUCAGAAAAGUGUAUGAAGGAGGUGGCACUUAUGUGAAUGAUGAAAAAUUUCCAUUUGUUCCAUUCUUUUACUUGUAUGCUUUAAAUGAGUCUCAAAUUCAAUUACAUGAUAAACAAAAUGUCACACUUUUCUUCUUGAAAAAAGAUUUGCAUCAUGGAACAAAAUUGAACUUGCAAUUCACAAAUAAUAGUGGAGCAAAAUUCUUGCCUAAAGAAGUUGCUAAUUCCAUACCCUUUUCAUCAAACAAAAUGGAAAACAUACUCAACAAGUUUUCCAUCAAGGAAGGAUCAAAGGAAGCUGAAAUUGUGAAGAGAACAAUAAGUGAGUGUGAAGCAAAUGGCAUCAAAGGUGAGGAAAAGCUUUGUAUAACUUCAUUGGAAUCUAUGGUUGAUUUCACCAUUUCGAAACUCGGAAACAAUGUUGAAGCUGUUUCAACAGAAGUGGAUAAAAAUAGUAAUGGUUUGCAACAAUAUGUAAUAGCAAAAGGAGUGAAGAAAUUGGGUGAGAAGAACAAAACUAUUGUGUGUCACAAAGAGAAUUACCCUUAUGCAGUUUUUUACUGUCAUAAAACUGAUUCAACUGAAGUUUACUCUGUGCCAUUGGAAGGUGUUGAUGGAAACAUGGUUAAAACUAUUGCUGUUUGUCACACUGAUACAUCAGAAUGGAAUCCUAAACAUUUGGCUUUUUAUGUGCUUAAAGUUCAACCAGGGACUGUUCCUAUUUGUCACAUCCUCCCACAGGAUCAUGUUGUUUGGGUUUCCAAGUGAAAAUAUAACCUCUUUCAUCAAUAGUUGUAUCCUUGAAUAAUGAGCACUAUAUAGCAACUACUUUAAAUAUUUUAAAUUAUAAAACAUGUACAUGUGUACCAUGUUAAAUUAUGUUUUAUGCUUACAAGUUUGUGUAACAAUGAUGAUUCAUUAGUGUAUUUGGAAAGUAGGCCCUUGUGUCCGUUAAAUCUAUAACUAUAUAAAUAAAGUUGCUUUAAUUUGA